GCCAUUUUUCCUUAAGAGAGAGAAGAAUAAUGUUACAGUGUCCGACGCUGAUGACCGAGUUUCCGUCGCCGACGAAAGCAAUUCCGGCAUCGUAUUUGCUACCGUUACAGUGGCCCCAGCCGCAUAACGAAGAGAUUCUACUCGCCAUGGAAGAAGCUGAGUUCGAAGAAAAGUGCAACGAGAUCAGAAAGAUGAGUCCUAGCUUACCCGUAAUUGGAAAACCAGUCGUUGACAACCAUCAAGAAGAAGGCGAUAAUGAUGCAGAGGAUGAUGAUGCUGACAAUGCAGAGGAAUCCGAUGGUGAAGAGUUCGAGCAAGAAACCGGCUGAAGAACCCAAAAUUCGCAGUGAAAUGGAGAAACCGACGCAAUCUCCUCCUCCAAAUCAUCAAAUGGAUGCAGAUGACGAAGACGAGAAUGUGAAGCGGCUCAAGGUUUAGGGCUGAAUUGAUCUGGCUGAUUGAUCAAUUUUCUUAUUGUUGAUAAUAAUGGCAAAUUUUAUUUCCAUCAGGAUAUAUUCAGACAAAAUGUUGAUACCUUUUUUUUUGUUGGUUUGUGAUUUGUUUCAAAGACGUUUAGACAACAUUGCUAACGAAGUUUAUUAAU